GACAGUCGCGUUACGUACGAGUGUGUUUGACGGGAACCAACAACACGCGAAGGUGUGCAAUCCCCGUGAGAACUGUCAACAAACCAUGUUGCAGUACGACGACGAGCUCUCGCAACGCCUGAGUUUGCCCCUGGAUUACACCGACACCAACAACAACGGUUCGAAAUCUCCCAGGGGCGACAAGUACUCCCUCAGACCCAGGUCCAUGCGGAGGAGGAAUAACGUAGAGGACCAGGACGACACCCUCCCCGGCGGCAAGUCUAGGAACGGCACCAAGCCCAAGCAGAAACCCGCUCCGUUGAGUAAGUACCGCCGCAAAACCGCCAACGCCAGGGAGAGAAGCAGGAUGAGGGAAAUUAACCAGGCUUUCGAAACCUUAAGGAAGGUAGUACCCCAGAUUUCCGCCACCCAGCAGCAGAACGAGAAGCUGACGAAGAUCACCACGUUGCGGCUCGCCAUGAAGUACAUUUCCACCCUUAGUGCAGUGUUGUCGAACCCUGAUUCUUCCCAGGAUCUGUUCUCGGAUUGUUCGGAGCUGGAUUGUUUUCUCUUGGAGUCGGAUGGUGAAUCUCUACCUCUUCAAAGUGACUUUUCGGAUCAUUCGCUUACGCCGCCGGAUUUUUCCGUGGAUUUCGCGGAUAGCUCGCUCACCCCCAUAGAUUUUACGCCGCUGUCGCCCGAUCUGUCGGACCAUUUGACGCAUUUCGACCCGUUUCUCUCGGAUUUCAGUUAACAUGACUAUGUGAUCUGUUUUUUUUUCCGUCCGAUAUUUUAUAAAUUGUAAUUUUAAAAAGCCGGCAAAAUUACGAAUACCGCGUUAUAUUCAAGUUUAUUUAAAGAUACUUAAAUUCAGACUUUAUAUUUUAAUAAAUUCCAAAAUAUAAAUUUUGGAUUGGUAUUACCACGAAAAUAAAAU